CGGCCACAAAGGAGCAAGGAUACUCCGCUUUAUUUUACAUCCUUAAUUCGGGAAUUACAGUCGCACUAGCGCUUUUUUAUUUUUCAAACAGAAAAUACCGUAUCCGCUUGUUCAAUGUCACCAUGCUCAUCAUCUCAUCACGCAAUGCUCUGCUGUCAGUCUACUACCCACAGAUCUUCCUCAUCCUCUCCAGCGGUAGCUACCUGGCCCUUUCCUCAGUGGUUGCUCUGGGUGCUAACAUCAUCUGCAAUAAGAUCCCUGGCCUAGCCCCCCGUCAGAGAGCUAUCUGCCAGAGCCGCCCCGAUGCCAUCAUUGUCAUUGGCGAGGGUGCCCAGCUGGGAAUCAACGAGUGCCAAUACCAAUUCCGCUAUGGGCGCUGGAACUGCUCUGCCCUUGGAGAGAGGACCGUGUUCGGUCAAGAGCUGAGAGUAGGCAGUAAGGAGGCUGCGUUCACAUACGCCAUCACUGCCGCGGGAGUGGCUCACGCCGUGACUGCGGCCUGUAGUCAGGGAAACCUCAGCCACUGUGGCUGCGACCGUGAGAAACAGGGCUACCACGACCAAGAGGAGGGCUGGAAGUGGGGUGGCUGCUCGGCCGAUGUCAAGUACGGCGUGGAGUUCUCCCGCAGAUUUGUGGACGCUCGGGAGAUAAAAAAAAAUGCACGAAGGCUGAUGAAUCUUCACAACAAUGAGGCAGGGCGGAAGGUUCUGGAGGAACGCAUGAAGCUGGAGUGCAAAUGUCAUGGAGUCUCGGGCUCCUGCACCACCAAGACAUGCUGGACGACGCUGCCCAAGUUCCGCGAGAUUGGUUACGUGCUGAAGGAGCGCUACAGCACAGCGGUGCAAGUGGAGGCGGUCCGGGCCACGCGCCUACGCCAGCCCUCCUUCCUGCGCCUCAAACAGGGCCGCGGCUACCAGAAACCCACCGUGGCGGACCUGGUGUACCUUGAGCGCUCGCCCAACUACUGCGAGGAGGACGCGAGCACGGGCAGCACGGGGACGCGGGGGCGCCUGUGCAACCACACCUCCCCUCACACGGACGGCUGUAACCUCAUGUGCUGUGGCCGAGGCCACAACACCCACCAGUACACCCGCGUGUGGCAGUGCAACUGCCAAUUCCAGUGGUGCUGCUUCGUCAAGUGCAACACUUGCAGUGAGCGAACUGAGGUGUUUACCUGCAAAUAAGGAAGAGUGGGUGGAGGACCAAUCCAUGAGCCAC